CACGCUGGACUCUAUAGUUUUUUGCUGUUUUUCGCCUUGACAAGACCAUCGUCAUCACCGUGGGAUUUUUUUUUGUGUUUGUUUAUUUCGGAACGUGGAUUGGCACGAGUUGUGGGAUUAGUGGCCAGAGAAAUGGUGACGCAGGACCUGCAGUGACGAGCUUUGAUUUAGUGGCCACCCUAGUGAUCAUCUGUUAACGUUAGAUUUCAACAAUAUCUUUAAGUUGAACCGAUAUGAAAGAUGAGUGAGAUUAGGCUGGCUUUACGAUGGCUGUUGCCAUCGGUCGUGAUUCUGUUGCUGCCCGUGAUAGAUGAAUCCCACAGUGCCAAUGUAGACAAAGUAGUAAUAGUGAUGCCUAAGGGUCCCCGAACCCUGCAGAUGUUGGGUUCGAUAAGUCCACAGCUGCUGCAUACGAUUAGUGAUGUGCUCAAACCGGUACCUUCGAACGUGGUACAGAUUCCGGUUCCGUACUACCCAGACGGUCCAAAGUACCCACCGCCAAAGAAGCACCAUCACCAUCACCACACUAAACAUACGCCAAAACAUGUCAGCGAUGCCUACUUCCGACAUCCGUUCAAACCGGCACCGAGCUAUGUAACGUUGAACCUAGAAGAUACCCAACCCGGUCCAUACGACACUCCCUUCGUGCCGAUGUUGAAACCAAGUCCCGUCAACCCACUGCACCUGGAGCAUCCACCAGAGAUCAAGUUCACUCCCAUCAACUUGCUACCAAAUGAGCCACCAUCGUUCUCCACGGUGAGGAAUUACGUGCAAAAGCUCAAAGAGAAGCAGAAAGCCUUUUUCGACAACCAGGGAUAUGACUUUGGAUUUUCAUCACUCCCGCCACCACCACCAAAGAAGUACCACUCGCCGUACACCAAAUCACCAGAUUACACAAAAACUUAUGAAUACACUAAAACACCAGAUUUCACCAAAACGCUAGAUUUCACCAAACCCUACGAAUACAAGAAGAAACCGCAAAAGCACAAGUACUCCAAACCCAUCAACGAUUACCUAUUCUCGUCACACCCGAACGAGCUGUCCUACAUCGGACAGGCCAACCUGAAGCCCCAGGAAGAACAGAACGUGUACUACACGGAACCGGACGCGGGCCAGAACUACUACUACGCGGACGCCGAAGGGCACGAGUUUGUCAUCCCACCGGAAAGCGACUUCCAACCGCUGGUCGAAAUCGACGGGAUCAUCGACCCGGACGACGCCCACUUUGAGCAAAAGGGCGAAGAGCUGGUGCUGAAAACGAAGCAUCCGAAUGCGGCCGUACUGACCCCGGCCGAACUGAGCAGCUUCAGCGAACAGGCCGAGGAGUACGGGUUCGCGAUUCUGCACGAAAGCAAACGCAAGCGGGACGACGAAAAGAAGGUGACGACGAGUGAUGUUCACCAUCGCAACAAACGCUUCAAGAAGAUCGAUCGAGUUGGGCGUGCCAGUGGCGAUCAGGACGUGGAGGAGGAUUUCUACGACUCGGACGAAGCCAAGAAGAAGAAGAGUAGCGGCGAGCCGGACUUUGACGACGUGGAGGAAGAGGUGAAAGCGAUGGUCAACUUUGAGCCGAAGAAGACGUACGUACAGGUAAGACACGAGGAAACAAACAGCAAAAAGUCACGUCCGGCGGAAGAGCCCAAAAUCAAGGAGAAGGUGACCAUCUCGAAGACGAACAUCGUGUACUCGGAAAAGGGCAAGGAAAGUGAGAGCUUUGACCACGGGAAGGAGGAAUCGUUCGGUGAGUUUCAGGCAAAGUCGAAGAAGCCAAAGAAGCAUCGCGGAAAGCGAGAUGUGUCGGCUGUGGAACAGGAAGUUACAACGACCACUACCGCUCCAAGCACUUUAGCUUCCGACGAGAGUGCUUCGCAAUCGGUGGAGGAGUCCUUCGAGCAAAACAAUAGCUUGGAGAAUGAAGUCGACUACGACUUGUGGCCUGAGGCGGAAGGUCAGCACAAUGAUUCGGACACGAUUUUUCUUCCGUACGCGCAAGCGUUAGUAUUCCAGAACGAUUCAGAUUUGAUUCUGUUGCCGAUUCCGGAGGCGUUGGUCGAUCCACGGGAGCUGCAGGGGGACGAUCUGUUGAAUUUUCUGGACGAAGCCAUUCAUAACUCGACACAGUUUCUUCCGGAAGAGAAUGAAAAGAAGCGCGUGCUGAUCAGUCCGGAAAUCAGACAGCUGCAGGGUCAAGAUCUGAUCAAGUAUUUAGACGAAGCGAUCAAGACUUCAAACCAGUAUUUGUCAGGACCGGGCGAUGCGAUCGAGCUGGUGAGCCCUCCAAAGCUAGAUAACGUCCUCCCACCGGAACCGUUGACGAAGCCGAGCGCGGAUCAUGAGAUUGAAAUGAGUCCGGAUGUACCGAAGCCGGAAGAGGUUCACAGCGAAGUACAUCGGUACAUGAGACACUACCUUCUGCCCGACGUUCCACUGUACGAGGAGGUAAACUUUGUGCAACCGUUCAAUACGUUGAUCAAGUAUCACAGCGAGCACGAACCGGAGGAUUACGAGAUCGAAAUUGAAGCGCAGAAUCCAAGGGAGUUGCAAGGCGAUGAGCUGUUGCGAUAUCUGGAUGAAGCAUUGGAUAAUACGACGUAUGUGAUCCCGGAAGAGUAUGAACAGCAGGAACGUGGCUUAUCUCCGUAUUUGAAUCGAGCGCAGCACUACGGCAUUGACGUCGAUACGGCAUUACAAUUCGCUGAAAACGUAACGAAUCAGUUGGCGGACUAUCUGCAAGCUCGGAACAACUACAAGCAGAACGAAGUUCUACCGGAACGAGGACAGGAAGAAACGGUUCUGGUCAGUGAUGGAGGUUUUGUGCCGAUCCGUAGGGCAGAUCCAACGGCUGGCAAUGUCCAGUUUUCAUCGUCGAAGCAAGCAGAGUUGGUGGGAGUUAAGGACACCUUCAAUGGCACACCCCAGCAAAAGCAGUCGAACCCGGGUGUGGUUGUGUACAACGAUGUUAUCAGACACAUCAAGAACCACCUCUCUUCAAGUGGAGGUCCCGGUGCGGCCAAGACGAAGGAUCGUACAAUGUUGAUGAUUGCCGUCCCUCGAAGUCUCCGACAAAACAUCACAAGACAGGGAGCGGCCCGAAGACAGGACAGUGUCUUUGAUACCCUCCCAAAAGCGAGCUUCAUUCAGCUGCCAAUCUUCGAUAUCAACAAGUUCUAUCCCACGUUCAACGUGGGUGAACCGUCAAGCAGCGUGAAACAGGCCGUCGAAAAGGAAGCGGAAAAAGUGGCAACUUCCGGCAGUGAUCAGACGACGCACGAAAACAAACCAACUCCAAAAGUUCGCUCUCACGAUGACAUCGCGGACGCCUUCCGGGACGUCAAGAGAAAAGCAGGUCGUCCAAGGUACGGACCAAACGCGUACAUCCCAGUUCAGGAGAAAACCCGAGACUUUCCUCAGCCCACGUUCAAGAAGCCUGGCCCACCGUACACAGCCCUCCCGGUUCCACCGAUCAAUCAGAAAGCCAAAGCCAACAACCUGAACACGGCCAGCAGUGGCCAGCGGUCGCUGCUGUCCCAUCCACCGCCCCAGCAUCCGCCGCUGAAGCGACCUCGAGGCCACGGAAAACGGCCCCACCACAAGACCUUCAAGAGAGUGCCGGUGGUCCGGAAAAAGGUGCGCAUCAUCAAGCGCUGAGGGAAGCAAUACUUUCACUCUGUACAGUAGAGAGUAGAGACCACCCCAACGAGAUUCCUUUCCUCUUUUUCAUCCCCAAUCCAUCAGGUCGGCUUGCACUGCCGGAAGUUUCGUUCCCGUAGCGGUGCAAGCCACACUCUUGUUGAAAGCAUCCCCCCCCCUUCCCAAAGCUUAAAGUUGACAUUUAGGCGCGUAUUAUUUAUUAUUUCCCUGUAAGUCUAGCAAAGUAACGCAAAAGCGAAAAUUCGAAACGAAAAACCCCAACUUAGUUUUAAGAUGAAUAAAGAUUAAAAUAUAUUUCU